CGCCUCCCUCGCCGGCUUCUGCAGGUCUGCGGGUCCGAGACUCUGGGCGGCGGCGGCGGCGGGGCCAGCGCGCACUUGAGGGAGAACCCGGAGGACGACCAUCAGCCCAGCAAUGAUGUCCAAAGAGAAGCAAGCCCUGAAAAACCUCAAAGUGGAAGAAAAUGACCAAGAACAAAAUGAAGGAGUGGAGCAAGCUGCUGCACCGAAUGGAGAAGAAUCACGUCAUUUAGGAGGAAAGGGUGAAGGCCAGAAACCUGCAAAGCGUGGGCUGGUUAAGAGAUUUGUCCCUAGUUUCCGAUGGAUCAUACCUAGCAAGCAUACUGAUCGCAGUGAAGUAAAAGAUGAUGCAGAGAGGUUUGUGGGGCAGAUGAUGGAAGUUAGGCGGAAGACUAAGGAGCAGCAAGUGAGGCACUAUAAGCGCUUUCAAACUCCUGAACCUGAUAAUCAUUAUGAUUUUUGCCUUAUACCUUGAAUCCUACAAUUUUCCUAUGGUUCAUUAUGUGGCCUCUGUUCUCCAAGCUUGUAGUUCUGUACUUUGCCUCUUUAAAAACAAAAAACAAAAAAACCUUUUCAUGCUUGCACUUUUCAGUUUCUAAUUUUGUCUCAAUGUAAAACUUCAACAAAACAGUUUCAUCCAAGUAAUAAGAUACUGUUUUCAUAAUGUACAAUUAAUAAAGCAGCUUAAAAAGCA